AAAAAAAAUAUGGGACAUUGAAGAAGUCAUACAUGGUGUUUCUCAGGAAGGUGCAAGGAAAAAGUGGUGCGGGAGCCAAGACUUUGAAGUAUCACGAUCAACUGUUUGAAUUAUUUCACAAGAGGCCGAAUGCCACCUGUAAUCAGUGGGGAGUGGAGGUCUCAACUUCUGCAAGCACUUCUAAAAGCUCCUCCGAUUUGACGACAUCUGAUGGAGAUGUCGUCAAUGACGCUGGCGGUCCACCACCUUCAUCAUCCCCUGCAUCUUCAGGCAGAAAAUAUCCUCCAAAGUAUAGAAGUAGAGCAGGCAGUACAAACUCAACUCCUGCUUUGAUAGAAAAAAUGAUGGAGAGCGACAAACAGGAGAACGUAUCGUACAGGGAUUGGUUCGAGACAGUGCUGGAACGUCAAGAUAAUAGGGAAGAUAAGUUUAUAUCUACAUUAUCCACAGCCAUGAACUCCUCCGUAUCAACAGCGAUAACAACCGCCAUUCAAGCUAUGGUUCCUUUAUUUGCUCAGUUUGCUCAGCCACAGGCCCCUGUCCAGUUUAUGGGGGUUCCACCUAUGACUCAAGGCUGGCCUGUCCAUCCUACGUCCAUCGCCACCACAUCCCCAUUUCAGUCUGUGCCCAUACCUCAGAUAGUUUCCCCUUUGAAUCAAAUGUCAUCCCAAUCCCAGGCUGUGGCUCAGACUCAACCCCAGGCAGUAACAUCCCUCAAUAUGACGUCAUCCCAACCCCAGGCUGUGACUCCGACUCCACCCCAGACAGUAACAUCCUUCAAUAUGACCUCAUCGUUGGCUCCCUCUCCUCAGGCUACUGCAAGUCUCCCAAUGCAAGUUGAAGCAGGCCUAAACCCACCCCGAACCCACUCCCUGCCGCUUAAUUCGAAUAAUGUACAAUCAUCCAGACCUACAGUUUCAAAUCUACCGUUUAAGUUGCAAUCCAACAAAAUUAUUAUUCGCCCCAGCCAUCCCCAACCUGGGUCCCAGAGAAUGCUCAGACCGCGAAUUGUUCAUGUUCCUGCAAAUUCUCUUCGCCUCCCAGGAAACAUCAGACUUCAGCAUUUAAACUCUCCUUCCAACAGUCAACCAAACCCUCCAACUUCCAAGUGAUAUUUAAUUUUUGACUGUCUUUACCUGAGAUCUCUUUUAUGUAUACAAGUGUU